UCAUAGAGUCCCUCCAUUUACUCAGCCUUGGAAAGAGAUGCUCAGUUGAGAUCUGUAAAUCCCCAAUGCAGCACUGAUCUUUGACACUAAGGCAUUUAUUGAUGUUUGGCUAGCUAGUUACGGACACUAAUGGACUACCUAUGUGCUGGGAUGUACGGGGCUCUGGCAGUUAUGGAACUUUCAGAAGUCAUUUGCCAUGAUAAAAUGAGAGACAAAAGAGCAAUGGUCCAGAACCAAGCUGGGACCAUCCUCGAAUCCAUUAAGGAGAAUAAUGAGGAAAAAUUCUCAGGUCCAAGAAAGGGAGUGUUGAUCAUUUUGGGUGAUGUUUUCCGAGGAAGUAUUCAGCCACACCAGUAUUUAGUCAUUGGCAGGGAGGGGGUGUUUCUUUGUAUGUCAGACUAAAGGUAGAUUCAUCUUGAAGAAUCUUAUUUAGGACACCGUGCUGCUCUCCAGUGGAAUCCGUAUCAUUUUCUCUUUCCCAGGAAACUUGCAGCUGGCUCUUCUGGCCACAUCGAUCCAGGGUUCAUGAAUUUAUUUCAUGGGGCUGAUGUGCAUCAGGAGUUAACGAUUAAUUGGGCCGCCCCUCAGUUGGGCGUGUGGGACUUUUGCCCUGUUUAGCCUGCUGGGGCUGAUACAACGGCUGGGCAAGGGCAGGAGGAAAGAGUGCCUCUCGUCAUGGCAGCAGCCUUGGAGCAAUUCUGUGGUUCUGUUUUCUGGAACUCUUCUUUGCUGGAUCGUAAUAAUGCCGACCUGCCACUCUGCUUUGAACAGACUGUUCUCAUCUGGAUUCCUCUGGGCUUCCUCUGGUUAUUUGGCCCGUGGCAGCUUCUCUCCUUCUUCACAUCCAAGAUGACAAAAACCUCUGUCACAAGGAUUUACCUCACAAAGCAGGUGCUGACUGUGCUACUCUUACUAACAGCGCUAACGGAACUGCUUUUCACCAUUGCCGAAGACUUGGGCCACCUCCCGCAUCCAACUCCUGCCAGUCGAAACCCUGCUGUCCAGUAUACCAAUCCUGCACUCUACUUCAUCAGCUGGCUACUCGUUUUGAUGAUCCAUGACAACUGUCGCCUCAGAACACGCAGGGACUCUGGGACACUCUUCCUCUUCCUCAUCCUUUCUCUGCUCUGUGGCAUGUUUCAGUUCCAGACUCUGGUCCGAAAAAUCAUACAGGGCUCCGACCUUGAUGUGCCACGUUUCAGCCUCUUCUUCAUCUCCUAUGUGCUUCAGUUCCUCUUGUUGCUCAGCUCUGUUUGUUCUGAUAUUGCCCCCGAAAUGAAGGAAGCUGCAAAGAAAAAUCCAGAGAUCACAGCCUCCAUCCUGAGCUUCUUCACCUUCCACUGGUACAGCAGGAUGGUGGUAAAGGGCUUUCGGAAGCCACUAGAGACGGAGGACCUCUGGGAUUUGAAGGAUAAAGAUAGGACACAACAGAUUUCUGGCAAGUUUGAGAAGAAUAUGAAGUCUGGGGUUAGAAAGGCCCAGCGGGAACUGGAGAUCCGGCAGCGGAAGAAGAAACGUCGUUUUGCAACCACUGGCCACGAGAACGGGUUAAGCAAGGCGCAGAGCCAGGAUGCGUUGGUUUUGGAAGAGAAAGAGAGAAAAGAGAAGAAAGAGGUAGUCACAGAAAACUCCAAAGGUGACUAUGCUAAGCGCUGGCUGAUCACUGCUGUGAUGAAGACAUUUGCUGAUAACCUGGUGAAAUCAGUGGCAUUCAAGUUUGUGCAUGAUCUGCUAGUGUUUGUGAGCCCUCAGGUGCUGAAGCUGAUGAUCACCUUUGUGUCCGAUCCAGAGGCUUACCUUUGGCAGGGCUACCUCUAUGUGCUGCUGCUGUUCGUGACAGCCUUAGUGCAAUCGAUCUGCCUGCAGCAGUAUUUCCAGCUCUGCUUUGAGCUGGGCAUGAGAGUGCGCACCGCUCUUACUGCUGCUAUCUACAAAAAGGCCCUCACAGUCUCCAAUGCCACACGGAAGGAAUCUACAGUGGGCGAGACGGUGAAUCUGAUGUCAGCGGAUGCCCAGCGCUUCAUGGACUUCACCAGCUUUGUGCACCAGCUGUGGUCAGCGCCACUCCAAAUUGUGCUGUCCAUUGUGUUUCUGUGGCAGGAGUUGGGCCCCGCUGUGCUUGCUGGGGUUGGGGUCAUGGUGUUUCUCAUUCCCAUCAAUGCUGUGCUGGUCACCAAGGCCAGGGCCAUCCAGAUGAAGAACAUGAAGAAUAAGGAUGAGCGCAUGAAAAUAAUGAAUGAAAUUCUCAGUGGCAUCAAGAUCUUGAAGCUGUUUGCCUGGGAGCCAUCGUUUCAGAAGCGAGUUGGAAAGAUCCGGGCCCGGGAGCUGAAGGGGCUGUUGCAUUUUUCUUACCUGCAGUCAGUCUCCAUCUUUGUCUUCACCUGUGCUCCUUUCCUAGUCUCUGUGGUAGCAUUUGCAGUGUAUGUGAUGGUGGACGAGAGCCAUGUCUUGGAUGCACAGAAAGCCUUCACGGCAAUCUCUCUCUUCAAUGUGCUGCGCUUCCCCCUUGCCAUGCUGCCAAUGGUGCUGUCCUCCCUGGUGCAGGUCAGUGUGUCUACAGAGCGGCUGGAGCGAUACCUGGGCAGUGAGGACCUGGACACCUCGGCCAUAUGGCAUGAGCCCAGCCCUGCCUUUGCUUUGCAAUUCUCUGAUGCCUCCUUUGCCUGGGAACGAGAUUCUGAUGCCACAAUUAGAGACAUAAACCUGAAAAUUCCACAUGGGCAUCUGGUGGCUGUAGUGGGGCCUGUGGGAUCAGGGAAAUCCUCGUUGGUGUCAGCCAUGUUGGGUGAGAUGGAGAACGUUAAAGGGCACAUCAAUAUUCAGGGCUCCGUAGCAUACGUUCCUCAGCAAGCAUGGAUCCAGAAUGCCACACUGAAGGACAACAUCCUGUUUGGAUUACCCCUGGAUGAAGUCCGAUACCAGCAGGUGCUUGAGGCUUGUGCCCUCCUUCCAGAUCUGCAGCUGCUUCCAGGAAGAGACCUCACUGAGAUUGGGGAGAAGGGCAUUAACCUGAGUGGAGGCCAGAAGCAACGUGUCAGCCUGGCUAGAGCUGUGUACAGCAAUGCAGAUAUCUGCUUGCUGGAUGAUCCCCUCUCAGCUGUGGAUUCCCACGUUGGACGACACAUUUUUGACCAAGUGCUGGGGCCAGAGGGGCUGUUGCGGCAUAAGACACGUAUCCUCGUGACUCACAACCUAAGUUUCCUGGCUCGUGUGAAUAACAUUGUGAUGCUGGUGGCUGGUGCCGUGUCAGAACAGGGUUCUUACAGCACCUUGCUGGCUAAUGGCGGGCCAUUUGCUCAGCUGCUCAAUACUUACGGGAGCCAGCAGGAAACAAUACCGGAAGAGGAAGUCACAGUGGGGAUGGAUGAGGAGCCUGAACUGGACGGAGACCCUGCACCUGGAACAGAAGAGGUGCCAGCUGAUGUGGUGACCAUGACCCAGAAGACUGAGGCCUGUGUCCAUCGAAAAGACUUCUGCCGCAGCCUCAGCACCAGCAGUAACAUGUCUCUUAAGAAGGUCCAUCAAGGCAAUCUGGAAAAGAAGCCAGUAGAGGAGCUGAAGGGGCAGAGACUGAUUGAGAAGGAGGCCAUGGAAACUGGCAAGGUGAAGUUCUCUAUGUAUCUGCAGUACUUAAGUGCUGUUGGCUGGGUACUCUCAACAUGCGUCUUCAUUGGCUACGUAGGACAAGCUGCCGCCUCAGUUGGCUCCAGCCUGUGGCUAAGUGACUGGACAAAUGACGCUCUACUUUUCCAGAACCAGACCUACCCAGCUGCCCAACGUGACCUGCGUGUCGGAGUCUAUGGGGUGCUGGGUACGAGCCAGGCUCUCUUUCUGCUGGCUGCGGCCCUUCUUGCUGCCCGUGGUGCUGUCCAGGCCUCCCGGGUCCUACAUGAGAAGCUGCUCAAUAACAUCCUACGAGUGCCCAUGAGUUUCUUCGACACGACACCAACAGGCCGCAUUGUGAACAGGUUUGCUAAGGAUAUUUUCACAGUGGAUGAGACCAUUCCUAUGUCAUUCCGCUCCUGGCUGAACUGCUUUUUGGGAAUUCUCAAUACCCUGCUGAUAAUCUGCCUGGCGACACCUUACUUUGCAGUUGUCAUUGUGCCUCUGGGGCUCAUCUACUACUAUCUUCAACGAUUCUAUGUGGCCACAUCCCGUCAGCUGAGGCGCUUGGACUCUGUCACUCGUUCGCCCAUCUAUUCCCACUUCAGCGAGACUGUGUCAGGUCUCUCAGUCAUCCGGGCCUACGGACAUGAGGCUCGCUUCCUGCAGCACAAUGAGAAGACUGUGGACAUCAACCAGAAGUGUGUGUACUCUUGGAUCGUUUCCAACAGGUGGUUGGCUGUACGUCUAGAGUUUGUGGGGAAUCUGGUGGUUUUCUUUGCAGCACUACUAGCAGUCCUUGCCAAAGAUGUUUUGGACAGCGGCAUUGUGGGACUCUCCAUUUCCUCAGCACUCAGUGUGACUCAGACGCUGAACUGGUUGGUGCGGAUGACAUCGGAGCUGGAGACCAACAUUGUGGCUGUGGAGCGAGUGCAUGAAUACACAUUGGUGGCAAAUGAGGCACCAUGGGUGACAGCACAGAGGCCACCCCCCAGUUGGCCCCACAGGGGAGAGAUCAGCAUGGUGGAGUAUCAGGUGCGGUACCGGCCUGAGCUGGAGCUGGUUCUUACUGGGAUCAACUGUCAUAUCAAGAGCACUGAGAAGAUUGGUGUUGUGGGCCGAACAGGAGCGGGGAAAUCCUCACUCACAAAUGCCCUCUUCCGCAUCCUGGAGGCAGCUGGGGGAAGGAUCCUGAUUGAUGGGCUGGAUAUAGCAAUGCUUGGACUUCAUGACCUGCGCCAGAAUCUCACCAUCAUACCACAGGAUCCUGUUCUCUUUUCGGGGAGCUUGCGCAUGAACCUGGACCCCUUCAACCAGUACUCAGAUGAAGAUGUGUGGCAUGCGCUUGAACUGGCGCACCUGAAGUCUUAUGUGUCUGGCCUGCAUGAGGGACUCUCCCAUCCAGUGAGCGAAGCAGGAGAGAACCUGAGUGUGGGACAGAGACAACUUCUGUGUCUGGCACGGGCCCUCCUCCGUAAAUCCAAGAUCCUGAUUUUGGAUGAGGCAACUGCAGCUGUGGACAUGGAAACUGACCACCUGAUCCAACAGACAAUCCGAAGCGAGUUUGCUGACUGCACCGUGCUCACCAUUGCCCAUCGGCUGCACACCAUCAUGGACAGCCACAGGGUGAUGGUGCUUCAGGCAGGAAAGAUUGUCGAGUUUGACAGCCCUGAGCAGCUGCUUCAGCAAAACAGCAUCUUUGCAGGAAUGGCAAGAGAUGCUGGCAUUGUAGGUGCUACUUUCACAGUAAUGUAGGAGAGCUGGAGAGAAAGGCAGCAAGAUCCGAGGCAGCCUCGUCACACAUCCCUGUGCUGCAGGCAUCUGGCUGCUGCUUCCUGGGGCCUGCUUCUGCUUCCAUGUGACCGAUCUCGGCAGUAGCAGUGCCACUGCCCUUGGGGUGUAUUUGCAUUGGCCAGUGUCAUCUUCAUCCCCUGGUAUGGAACAGCCACCGGAUGUUUUCCUAACUUGGAGCCAAGCACUGGCUGUUGCUACAGAGCAAGGCUGGCUCUGCUCAAGCUUUGCACGUUUCCUCCCCUACCCCUGUAUCAGCCAGAAGAGAGGUGUUGGAGUUUCCUCCCCCACACCUUGCCUCCAGAGCCAGCUUGGAGGCCUCAGAACAUUUUUGAAACUUCACAACUUCCAUCCAGUUUUCCAUGCUGCAUGGGCCGCCAACUCAAUCAGGUCUCUUGCUUUAGUCUUCUGUUUAUCAUACACUUCCCUCCAGAUUCAUAGUACUCUGGGACAACCAGGCAGCUACAGUUUGUGUCCCCUCUUCAACCAGGCUUCCUGUGCUUGCCUAAGGGUGGGGAAGAGACCUUUAGACCACCUGGUACACUGAAAAGUGAUUAAUAAAUAUCUGGGUACCUAACCCGAGCAAUCCAA